AUGACUACAACGGAGCUAGCCAUUUCAUCAGCUCAGCUGCUGGAAAUAGCCCAGCAGGAGCUGGCUCGUGGGCUCGAGAAUUCAGCGGGUGGUUCAGAUGAUAUUGGAGCUGGUACUGCAAUUGGAUCAGAGAGUUUAGACACCACCCCUACCAAAGCUCCAUCUGUUCCCAUAAGAAGACGAGGAAGACGACUGUCUUCAAGUUCAGGUCGCGGGCUCCUGAGCCCGGAUACAAUAGGCAGUGUCGGCAGCGGGAGUAGUGGGAGUGUUAGUAUUAAUGGAAGCAGUAACGGAACAUACCUGGCUGGUUCGGGUUCUGCUUCCAGUUCUCUCCCGGCUGUCGACUCUAUAUAUUCAAAUCACAACAACUCAUACGAGGGCGAUGAGGCCAUAGAUUCAAGUUUAGUAGACGAAGAUUUAGGAUACGAAGAAGAAGAUACGGAAAUCAUGGAUGACGUCGAAAUGCAGCUGACUUCUCUCAAUAUUGAUAUGGUACCAGUUGAGCUGAUAGAAUUGAUUAAAGACAAGGUAACUAAGCUCAGUUUGCGUGAAAACUGGAUAGUUGCGUUACCUAGCCAAUUCAGCCUGAUGUCUCAACUUUCAUACCUUGACAUCAGCCGCAACCGGUUGACAGAAUUUCCUGCUAUUUUAUGUCAGUGUCCUAGAAUAGAGAUUUUGGAUAUCUCUGGUAAUCAGAUCAGAUCCCUGCCUUCAAAUAUUGGAAAUUUAUCCGAGACUUUGAAAGUUCUCUCUCUGUCUAAUAACUUGUUCAAGUAUCUACCCCCUUGUAUUGCUGAGAUUAUCGACUUGCAGUUUCUCGAAGUUGACAAUAACCCAAUUGAACUGCCUCCAAAAGACAUCUUAGAAGUGCGUAGUCCAGAGGAAUGGAUAACCAACAUAAAGAAUUAUCUCUUGAAAAACAGGAGAGAAAUUCAAAGCUUGAUUGAGGAAGAAUGCGAGCAAUAUGAUAUUAUUGGUAGCGAUUUAGACGGUGAAGGUAGUAUGAAAUCAAAUCCAACAUAUUUAACCAGUGCACAAGUGCCUCCUAUGCCGCUGGUAUCUCCAGACCAGCCGUUAUUUCAGCAGCCAUAUCCUUCCACCAACGUACAUGCAUCGUCUUCUAACGGAGAUGGUGGCAAUACAGGAUACCUGAGUCCGUUGUCUCCCGCGAAAGAUUUAAAUAAUUCACAUGAUCAAGAAAUUGAGCUUUCACCCGGUGUAAGUUCGCCGUCCAACGAGAACUCUAGAGUUUGGUCGUCUGAGCGCCUCCGAAGCAAUAGCGAGAGUCAAGUAUCAACUCGAGCUGCAAAGAGAAUGGGCUUCAUUAUCAAAAAGCGCCAUACACCAGCCACCACAGUAACUAGCAUGAAUGAUACCAAGGAAAAGCAGAACCAAGGUAGCUCACAUUUAGUGCCGACCACGGUGGCUACAACUAGUACCUCUCUUCCUGUCUCUACACAUGGUUCAGCAAAGAUAUCAGCUGAAGAAGCGAUCAAGUCCACGAUUAGUGGGAAUGAGCCUCUUCCGGAAACGACUCAUGUUCGCGCUCAGAGUCAUGACAGUGUAUUUGAGUUGCUGAGACCACCCAUUGUUUCUAACAUUGCACCAGUACACCCUCCACAAGCGGCACCAGCGCCGGGAAAUCUUACUUCCGGCCAUAGUUCUCUAAACAACCCAACGAACACGUUAUCAGCUGGUAUUACUACACCAUCAGGAACUGGCUCAAGAAGCAGAGCAGGCUCUACUUCUCAGGGAUCACUAUCGACCUCACCCGUACUGGCAGACUCGGCACCUGGAGCAUACUUUAGAAGACUUAGUACACUUCCUGAGGAGAUGAGACCAUUAACCAACGAUCAUGUCCACAAUCAGAUAAUGGAAGUUGCUCGCAAGGUGUUGUUUAGCAGUCACGAAUUUCAUGAUAUUGUGCGUCGUUGUAGUGCUUUUUGCUCUGAUAAGCAACUGACUCUGAAGUUGAAUUCAUUAUUACAGAAUGUACGUACUACAUUUCCUAGUCUUGUGUUGAGUCUAGAGGCAAGCGAUCAGGGUGAGGAUUUUGGUGGUGAAGAAAUUGAUGGCACUGCAAAAUUGAAACUGGCUGUAAUUAAAUGUUCAGAGUCCAUUCGUGAACUUUGCCAAUUUUUCCGACUGAAUAUUGAGAAGCUGGUCACGUUUAUCGACAUUAAAUUUGUUAGGACAAUGAUCAUGAUAACAUUUGCAUCUUUCAAUGAGCUAUAUAAUGCCUGGAAUCUCCUUAAUGAGCCUCCCAGUGAUGUGCACGUUCCAUCUACCGUUUCAACCAGCGAAUCAUCCAAUUCCACAACAGCAGACGACCAGCUUUACGACAGAAUUUAUUUUGCUGCCAAUGCCGCUCAGACUGUUCUAGGACAAUUGACUGAGGCAAUUUCCAAAAGUGCAGCCGCUUCUGUCCAAGGCCAAGGUCUUGGAAUUACGCCCACUGUGGCUUCUAAAGUGAAGGACUUGGCAAACUCAUGUGUUCCUGGUGUGGAGGUAACAAAACGGUUGAAACAGCGAAUGGAUAUAAUGAGAGAGACUGGUAAAUUAGAUCGUAAGAAGUUUUGGGAUGAUACGAAUGCUUUUUUGAAGGCCAUAAUAGCUAUUCUUGCAUCGACUAAGACGGCAAUGGUAGAUUUACCUUUUCUAAAUGACGCACGUCAAAGCUUAUCGACUCUCGCUCGUGUUGCCAAAGAAAUCCCUGUUCUGCUCGAAUAUUCGUCAUACCGGGUUCUUCUCAUGAGCGAUCAAUCUCACGGGAAUAACUCAUCUGCACCAUCAAUUAUUAGUAAUGGUGGCUCUGUUAAUAAUCCUAAUGCUCCGAUGGGUUCUUCAUUUUCUCCACCUCUCUCAACACCACUUGUUGCUGUGCUUGGGCCGGCCGCUCAGGCUGUUAUGUCACCAUCCUAUCCGCCGUCUGGCUACGCAUCAUCCCCUUUUAUACCACAGGGUAAUUAG